AGCGACGGUCCAUAGCAGGAAUUGACCCAUGCCAUGCUUCGAAGCCAAGGGUGACCAGUUCUGACCCUUUGCCGAACUGGGCGGGGGUAAUGGCAUGUGAUGAGCGUGGUUCGAGCAUGGCGUGCUUCUUCCAUGGUUGGCCUUGCACUGAGCCUGGUCGCUCAAGGUUCCACUGACUCAAAUCACCUCUUCCUCUGGAAGGAGGGUGAGGAAAGGUACGAGACCCUGGUGGCCGUCAUUGGACAUCAUGGCAGUUGUCAGCCCAUGUGUUCAGAGAAGCGAACGGUGGUGGUUCCACCCAACGUCUUUUACAAGGUCAAAGUUGAAGUUGCACAAGUCGACAUGCACUCAAAGGAUGAGCAAGUUGAAGUGAAGGUUGGGGGCCAACAAGUACUCUGCAGCCCCAAAGUUGCAUCUGACUACAACUGCUCUUUGGUUGAGUGCUCGCAAUUGAACUUUGGCCGCGUGGUGAACUCCGAGCUUCGCAUUGAGGUGGAAGCCCGGAAAACACGUGAUACCUGCAAAUGCAGUGUGGAUCCGAAGGGAGAUGUCGAUUGCUACAGCCAGCUUCUCUCCGGCUUGGAUCCAACGUACGGUGCCCUGGUGCGCGUGAUCUUUGAACCACAGGUCCGAGCCGAAUGGCGCACUGGAAGCUGGUCGACCUGCAACCAAUUCGACUGCGCCGGGCCGCCCACCCGCGUGGCCACCCGCACCGUGCAAUGCCGGAUCUUCGAUCCGGACGACGUGGGCGAUGGGGGAUCCCGCUGUACGGCUCCUGCACCCGAAGCUUCCAGAGCUUGCACAGAGGCCCCUGAGUGUGUACCUCCACCGCGAUGCCACGGUUGCUUCUCCGUGGCACACCUGGGGGAUGUGGGCCUGAAUUGGAGUGCGAUUGUGAUGCAGGCUGGGUCUCAAGUGGUGGUGGCGGGACACGGGCAGCCGCUGCAAUUCGAGCUUCUUUCUGGCCUGGCCCACGUCAGCUGCAGCGCCGCCUUCUUCACGUUGCCCCAAGACCUCGCGGCCGCCACCGCCUGCGUUUCUUUGGAGAUUUGUGGUCAAAGAGGGCAUUAUCUGAGCCGUCCUGGUCCUGGCACUGAGUUUCAUGCGUUCGAUGACCUCAUCCUGUCGGAACGUGAUAGCAGUAGUGCCCAGUUCCGCAUGCAAGCCACCUUUCAUCUACGCCGAGUGGCCACGGCAGGGUAUGUCUUGGCUGAUCCCUACACCGGGCAAACGAGUCCCUCCUUCGUUUUGGCGCCCCAGUUGCCCAGCUACGUCGGGAGCCCGGUGAUGGGACCCGCCAACGAGACCUGCUCCUUGGGGUCUCCCAGCUCUUUGAUGCCUCCCACCGAGCUGUGCCACGCGUCGGAGCGACACAUGACCUGCCCUGAUCUCACGGACGGGGUCUUCGGGCGUUGCUGCGCGCCCGAUGACUGCCCUGCGGGUGCCACCGCACCGGACUGCGAGGAGAAGCCAGGACUGGCACUUCUCACGCAAGGGCGAUGUGAAGAUGUACACUGCUCACCCAUUGAGGAGCGUGAUGAGUGUUUAAAGGCAGCAGCUGCACUGGGUUUCUCGCAGGACGUGACGCUGCAACUGCGCCUGUCGCGCCGUUUGCCGAGCUUUUGCUCCUGGGAGUUUACGACGGCUGACAAUGGCUCUCCAGCUCUUUGGCUGAACAAAUUCAUCACCAGCGGCGAGGCCAGUGCCGCCAACCCGCAACUCUGCCGCUGUGGCCAAGCACGGCCCUUGCGAAGAUACCAAUGGCAUGUGGGCGAGUGGAGUCUUUGCAGCCGCUCCUGCGGUAAGCAAAAGCGAUACAGGCAGGUCAGCUGCCAUGAGCUUGUGGGCAUUGCCACGACCGAUCCAGAUGAUCUAGGAGAAGGUUUUGAAGUGGUGCCAUCCAUCAAAUGCCGCGAGGCCGAACUGGAGGAGCCUUCUGCAUCCGAGCAUUGCUCAACACCUGAAUGCUGGACGGCGGAGCAGUACACGCGCUGUGCUGGCAAGGACAGGUUCUUGGAGGCUUCCGAACUCGAGGGCAGUGGUGCUUCACUGGUCACGAAUGGCAAUGGCACGGGGCCGGCCCACUGUGUGACCAUGAAUGCUUCCUCCGUGGCUGCUGAGAGUUCUGCCGUACCAUCUACGCCGUCGCCGCUGUCGGACCUCGCCGCCGCGGCGGAGCUCUGUCGGAGGAUCUGCGGCCAGCUGGGCGGCUGUGUCGGCUUUACCUUCUUCGAUCAUGUUUUUGGUGAUCCCAAUGUGGUUCAGUGCUGCUUCCUGCGACUCGCAACGCGCUGGCAGCCGAAUUUUCGCCGGGCAACCUGUCAUUUGGCCAGGGGUGCGCAGACCAGAAGCGGAUGCUUUUGCCAGGUGGGUUGGGAAAUCGCGGACGGCGGUGGCUCCAUGUUCUGUGGCGCUCAACGUCGGGGAUGCUGCACCACACCCGACAAUGGCGCGCGAUCAUGGUGUCCCACCACAUCACCAAGCUGUGGCACUCAGCUUCGGAAUCAACAGCAUUCCGACUUUUGCGACCCCACCGGUGUAGCAGCAGUUUCAGAGUACACCUGUCGCACUCACCCUGGCAUCAAAGGGCGUCAGUGUGCUUCUGCUCGAGGCAUCUCAGAGUGCAACCAGAUUGCCACGGUGCUGGGUUUGCCGGACACAACUCCACAACUGACGUUGGCUAUGGACAUGCCUUCAGGCUGUGUAUGGCAGAGGGCUACAUCCCAGUUGUGGCUGAACCAAUUGGUGGACGCUGUGAAUGGAUCUGAUAGUCAGAAGGUCAAUAUGAUUGCAUCUGAAGACAUGUCUGAGCUUUGCUCUUGUCCUCGAGCCGAAGAGUUCUACUGGGAGGUGGAAGAGUGGAGACCAUGCUAUCGCAUCACGAGCGCGAAUUGCCAAGGGGCCAAGCAGCGCACGCGGGCCGUCUACUGCGUCCGAGCCGAUGCUGGCACAGGGGAACGGCCUCAGGUGGUGCAAGACUCUCUCUGUAGUGAGCGACGGCCGGACACCGUGGAAGCUUGCAGUGAUUGCGAUCGACAGGUGAUUGCUGCCGUGGCCGAGUUCAACAUGCCUGCCCCAGUACCCUCCCUGGAGGAAAGCCAAUUUGCGAAGUGGUGCCAGAGCAACCUGGCGAUUGCGGCCAACUUGGAAGAUGCAGGUCGCAUCAGUGUGGGUCACCUCGAUUGCUGCGAACGUGCCACCCUGCGUGUUGAAAUCCGACUGUCCGAUGGACCACCAGGCGCGCAGCGGGCGGCCGACGCCGCGGACGAGCUGAUCCAGCUCUCGCGCUCCGCGGCCGACCGUGCCGAGGUGAACUGGAUCGAUGAUUUUGAGUCAUUCAUACAGUUCUUCUCGUUUCAGAUCUUGGGCAGCUACUCCUGGGACAGUGACUCCUGGAGUCACUGUAGUGAAGUAUGUGGAGGGGGAUCGCAGACACGUGAAGUAUGGUGCUCGUGGACCAACUACGAGACGGAGUUGACAGCGGUCGCAGAUUUGCACUGCGAUGCCGCCUCGCGCCCGGAAGAUCAGCGCUCUUGUGCUAGCCGACCAUGCAAGAGCUGCGAUGCUUUCGAAGCUGGUCCUCAGUAUGUGGUAUCUGGUGGUGACCAAGAGAUGUCACGGCACGAAGACACGGUGUACGUGACCUGUGCCGCGGGCUACGGUACCGUGGACGACAUUCGCCUCGUGGAGUCGGAGUGCCAGGAUGGAGAGUGGACUCCAUUGGCCGUCUCCUGCGGACGAAGCUGUCCUGAGUUUGUUGCGGCUUCGUGGAAGUAUGAAGUCCAUGGCUCUGGUGAUCAGCAUGGCUCCACGCGACAAGUGACAUGUAAACGCAGUGAGACGAGCCCCAAUUCCGUCGAAGCUCCGGUGUCGGCCUCUGUCAUUUGCCAGGAUGGAGCCUGGACCAGCCCAUCCUUGGUUUGCACCGGCGAUUGCCUCACUCCAGAGCUGAGCAGCGCCUAUGCGGUGACUCAGUUUAAUGGCACCAGUGGUGAAAACAUCGUGCAGCGUGGCUCCGUGUGGCAUAUCAGCUGCGCACCAGGCUUUGCGGCUCCUGGAGAUCAAGCAUCGGUGAAACUGGAGUGCGAAAGGGGAAGUUGGAGUGGCCUUGAAAACAUCCCCGACUGCAAGGCGGACUGCCCACGCUACAAGCUGUCUGAGGGCUAUGAAAUUGUGGGUGAUGAAGACGCACAGAACGUGGUGAGCUUCACCCAGUCCAAGGUGGAUGGCAUUGCGGAUCGCAGUCUUCUCAACAUCACAGGUGUGAACCAUGGCAUCUCGAUUGGCAUUCGAUGCGUCGACGGCUAUGGACGCGUGCCGGGCGCCGUCGAACGGGUGGAGUGCAAUGACGGACAAUGGAGUUCGCUGUCGUUGUUUUGCGCCAAAGACUGUCGACCCUUCAACACGAGCAGCUUUGAGUUCUCCCGCUUUCGGGUGAUCAUGGACAUGUCGCGCUCGGGCGAUCCGAGCAGCGAAGGGAGCUCGACGACGCCCGAUUCCCCGCACGGAAGCAAAAUCAUUAUUGGCUGCAAGCUGGAUGCAGGAAGCGACAAGGAGAAGAAACGUGGAGAAGUGACCUGCGACAACGGCCGCUGGAUCUUCUCGGAACUCCGCUGCUUCCGCGACUGCGCGGCCUACGUGCCAGGGCGCCAGUACUCCGCUUUGAUCCCCGGAGCCUUGGCCUCCCAACGGAAUCGCAGCGUGCCACACGGAACGCAGCUCUUGGCCACGUGCGCGCAAGGCUUCUCUGCCUUACCGACAAUAGGCCCGAACGGAGGCUCGUCGGGCUCGAGUCGCCGCAUCACUCCAAGCGAUUUGAUCGCUGAGUCGGAGUGUGUGGAUGGAACGUGGACAAACAUCACCCUGCAAUGCUUCGAAGAUUGUCCAUCAUGGCCAAUGCGCCAACACAUGGUUCGAGACAGUGGUGGUGGCUUGCGAGUUGGUUCCUUGCUGCGCUUGGCCUGUGGCGAAAAGCCCGACAUUUCCAUCCGCUGUGGCAUCCGAGGAAUCUGGGAGCUAUACACCGAAGGGAAAGUGGGGCCGAGGCUGACGGCUGAGGCAUUCUCCAAGAUGUGCCCCAGCAGCUUUGCCAAUACACGCGAAGCGGUGAUGAACAUGACCUUCUGGGCCAAGCUGUCGGAUGACGAGCGAGCCAUGUUCAUGAUCUUGGCCCUGGGAUGCUUUGGAUCGUUGUGUGGUUUGGCGUGCACCUACUUCCUCUCACCCUAUGUGCCGGACGAGCCCGACGGCGAGGGCGAGGGGGAAGCCGAUGCGGAGAGCGCGGAAGGAGAGGUCGAGGACCCCAGCCAUCCGGGCUUGCGACGCUUCAAUUUGCUCACGGGUGAAGUGGAGAGGUCGACAUCCCGAUCCACUAGAGGCAGAGGGAAGCGCAGUUUGGCCAAUGGUUUGGCUAGGAUUGUGCGAACGAAUGCCAGCCGCCUGGCAGGUUACUUGCAGGAUGCAAGUCCUCAACCGACCGGUUGUGCGAAUUGCGACAAAGCGGCUACACAUGUUUGCUUUCCCUGCAGUCACCUUUGCUUGUGUGUGACCUGUGCGGAUGAUCUCCUUCGGAGCACUGGACGAGCGUUCCAAGAGCUGGGGCCAGCGAGAGAGGUGCGAGAAGAGCGGAUUGAUUCACAUCGAGGAUCGCUUAGCAUGGAUGAACAGCCCUGUUGCCCCCUCUGUGGCCAGUUUGUUUUUUGCGUGAUUGACGCAAAGCCAGCGAAAGUCUUUGACGUUCCUGGCCCUCUGGAUAUGGCCGUCACAGCGGCCUCUGCAGCUGCUCACUCCUUACGGCGGACAGCGGUGUCCGCAGCACAAGGUGCCGCCUCAGUGGCAUCGCGCCACGUGGGCGUCUCUCCCACCAUGGUGGGGCGCUCGAGGGAGUCGGAUUUCACCGUGUCGACGGGAUCUUGAGGUGUUCGAGAGCCGCCCAUCUCGGCUCUCGGAGUGGCCGAAGGUUGGUGGCUGCCCGAACAGAAACAAACAUCAGGGCGUUUUCAGGAGUUUGGAUUUUGAAUCUGAGCUUUAAUAAAUGAAAGACCAGCUGACACGUGGCACUAUGUUUAGCCAUUGCUUUGGUGAAAGUUUAAACCAGGCGGCCACUCAGAUUCAGCUCAUAUUGCCAUGUGGAAAUAGACAUGCGCAUUCUGAGUGCUUGUGUAGAAUCAGCAAUGUAUUAAAUUUUCAAAGAAUUAGUUCUGUCAGGGUGCUAAUGUGUUUGCUGUGUCGCCACCUAAAGGGUUGAGUGACAAAGCAAGUUUAUGUCAGCCAGUCUGUUGACUUAAUGAAUCACACCAUUCAUCGCCUACAUUUCCCGCAAAGAACAGUUGCGGGUUGAUGGCUGGAACGAUGAGACGAUUCAUUUGGGGUCCAGUUGCGUCGUUGGUCCUUUGCCUUGUUAUGUUCGAGA